GCAAGACCCCAUGGCACCUGCUCGUUCUUCGACGCGUCGCGGUCAUAUACAACCUCAUGUCCUUGACGCCGCAUCCAGUGGAAAUCAUGACCUUUUUAUUGACCCUAUGCUUGGGACACCGCUGGCGGUGUACAUCGAGAAGGACGUACAUGACAGGGAGGCCUUGGUCAAUCUAAUCACGAAUAAUGGCGGUUCAGUCGCUGCGGGCUACAGUGGUGUCACUUAUAUUCUUGUCGAUCCCUUGAAGCCCUCUGGUCAAAAUCUGUAUAGGCAGUAUGUUGGAAAGAAAGGAAAGAUUGUCCUUGAUUCUAGGUGGAUUCAUGAGUGUAUCAAGGCAGGCGAACUUCAAGCUUUUCAUACCAACUGGGCUGGCUGCAAAGUGACGGGAAACGAGAUAGUCCCACCCAUGAUUGAUAUGCAAGCAGGGCCUUCGUCGAUACUCCCCCAACCCCAACCCCAGCCUCAAUCUCAACCUCAAGCCAAGAAAAGAGGAGCCGUGCGCCAGCAGAAUAUACCCCAGAUAGAUCAAAGUGCCCGCCAAAUUGUGCCGCCCCAACCAUUACAUCCUCAGGCCCUGCAGCCACCUGCCAUUCCUACUGUAGAAUCUCUUGUCCGCGCUCAGCAACAUUUCCAGUACCCCAUUUAUGCAAUGCCAUCCCCGCGCGCUAUGCACGCGCCACCACAGACAUGGCAAGCCACCAACGGCAUCGCACCACAACAGACACACAUUGCCCCCCCGCCCCCGCCCCCACAACAACCUCACCAUGUUCUUCGACCUCCAGACACAUGGGACUAUGAGCCUUCUGAUCCAGAUGCAAGCGCGACGUCAUACGAUUUCCGGUAUAGGGAUGAUCAGUCGUGGGUUCCUCCCACCCAUAAUCCUUACUACGAGACACCCUAUGAGAAUACCUACGAACCACCGCCUCAAAGUUCGUAUCUGGAGGAGUCUCCUUCCUCUUCCUCGAAUCCUCCACCGCCUCCACCGCCUCCACCGCCUCCACCAGCUCCUCCAGUUGCUCCUCCAGUUGCAGCAUCAGUGCCAGUCGAAGACGAAAAUGAAAGGUCAAGAGGCCGGAAACGUACCCGAACUCAGUCUGUUCCAGGGCAACCCACUUCUGCUCUUGUGCCGAACCGGAACCCUCCAGCCCGGUCGCCGAGCCCACCAAGUCGUGUCAUUAAGAGCACCUAUGGCGGUAAUUUGUUUACCGCUGAAGACGUCCAGUAUCUCAAGAAAUACAUUGAUUAUUGUCAAGAGGAAGGCUUGGUUCUUAGCCUGCGUGAGAUAUGCCUACGAAUCGCCGUCAAGGCCCCUCACCACACGUUUUACUCCUGGCGCCGGUACUGCAACAAACAUCAAAUUCGUCUGGGUGGUUACAUGAUGAACGCUGAUCGGUCACAAUCCCCGCACCGUGAUGAAGGCGAGGAUGAAGAAGAUCCAACAGUUCGUUCUGGCGCUGGUCUUGGUACAAUUUCAGCAGCCCAGCAGCGGGUCCAAGGCGAUAAUCUGCCGAGAACGCGUUCGCCGACACCACCAAGGGCGCUAUACAGAAGUACUACUGGAAAGGGGGUUGCAUUUACCGUUGAUGAUAUUGCGUUUUUAAUCCGUUUUAUGGAGUAUCGCAAGUCACAAGAGCGACUUGAUAUGGUUGCAUUUUGGAAAGAAGUAGCUGCGAGAGCUCCUCAUCAUUCACGAGCAUCAUGGAUGAAGUUUUGGCGUCGUCAUAAGCAUGAAUUAAAUCGUACUGAUGCUGAUGAGCCACUACCUCAACCCCCCGAUAAGAAGAUGAGGUAUAGUCGUGAGGAUGAUAUAUUGCUCGCUAGAUAUUUCUUCGAUAAGCCGGAGGGGACGUCGGAUCAGAUUUUUCAGGCUUUUGGGAGGAUGUAUCCUCAUCAUCCCUGGAAAGGCUGGCAGGAGCAUCAUCGGAUCCAUAAAGUCAAGAUUGAUCAUUUCAUUCAGCAGUUAGCCAAUGGGGAAGACAUUGGGACUGAAGGCCCUGGUUAAGCAUAUGGUUAUUCCUAUCUUCAUUUAUUCAUUAUUGUAUUGUUCCGUCAUUGAACGACUCAUUUCCGUACUGAUGACUAAAACGCAGAGGCUUUUGAUAUCCGCAAGCUGUCAUUCAUGCAAGAUAAUACGGACGGGUUGCGGACCUUCAUUAUAAUGUUUACUCGAUUCUAUGUAAAACUUAUAGCUAUUGUACUCUAACUGAUUACUUCUUGACAAAGUCUUAAGGUGACCGCCACAGACACUUGUAUACU